UAAAUAGCUGUUAGACGGUCCGUGCUGUCUGAAGAGCGGAUUAACAGAUUGGCUGGAAGAGAAACAUCAUCGCUCUGGUUGUGCCAUACUCGGGAACUGAAAGUGUGCAAUUAUGGAUGUUGAACAUUUAAUGAUGAGGAGCUAAAAUAGGCGGCAAUCGUUGCAACAACAAAUACCCAUUCUCCAGUAGGAAUCAUGAAAGUUUACAGAUUACUGGCCGUUCUGGUGCUGACUUCCUUCCUGCUUAUUUGGUAUUACAUCCUGCGGGUGAAUAAUGGAUUGUUCAACGGAAUCAGUCUGGGAGUCAAUUCAAGCUUUAGCGGAUUCAGCUUGGGUCGAAAAAGUCAUCGUUCCCUGGCCAAUGGGACGGAAAUAGCCAUAGUGGUGGUCGCUUGCGGCGAGCGACAUAACGAAGCACUGAACAUGAUUAAGUCGGCCAUUAUGUUCAAUCGAAAUCAAGCACCGCUCAGAUUCAUCGUCGUUGCCGAAGAGCAGUUGAAGCAAAAUUUCGUGGAAAAGCUGGACGAUUGGCAGGAAAUCAACGACAAUAUCUUCACCUACGAAAUACAUUCCCUAACAUUCCCGGAAGCGAACAAGGAUGAAUGGAAGAAGCUGUUCAAACCUUGUGCGGCGCAGCGUCUUUUUCUACCGUCGCUUUUACCACACAUCGAUUCAGUUCUGUAUGUCGAUUCGGACACGAUUUUCUUGUCCCCGGUCCAAGAAUUGUGGUCUAUGUUCCGCAAUUUCAACGCGUCUCAGUUUGCCGGUAUGGCGCCGGAACAUGAGGACAAAAAUGCCGGUUGGUACAACCGGUUCGCACGCCAUCCUUACUAUGGCGAUCUGGGGGUGAACUCCGGUGUCAUGUUAAUGAAUCUCACCCGAAUGAGGGACUUCAAGUGGGAGGAGCACAUAAUGCCUAUCUACAAAGAGUACCGAUUGAAGUUGGUAUGGGGAGAUCAGGACAUCAUCAAUAUUCUGUUCCACCACCAUCCGGAUAGGUUGUACAUAUUCCCGUGUGAUUGGAACUACCGAGCGGAUCACUGUAUGUACAUGAGCGUUUGUGAUGCUCCGGAUGGCGUCAAGAUUAUCCACGGGAACCGCGGAUAUUUUCAUUCCUAUGUUCAACCAAUUUUCAACUUACUCUACACCACCAUCGAAGAGUACGCCUUUCGAACGGAUAUCCACUCGAACUUCAUUCGGACGGUGGAGGACUCGUUGACCCUGCCGAGCAAUUCAAACUGUGAUAAACUGCUGGACAAGUUUUUACAGGAUCCUAGAAAGUAUUUCAAACAGAACCAGUACAUCGAGGAGACGUAAGGAGACAAGUAGAACUGCAAUCUAAAAAAAAACUCACAUUCUGAGAAACCAUAUCGCGGGAGACAGAGGAGCAAACGUAAUUUCGAAUAGAUAAAAGUGAUUUCACUAAAACAGUGUAUAGUAAAAGUAUAAGAACAAACAUGAACAAUCGCAACGAUGUCUACGCCCACUUUCAUAUACGUAGCCAAUGCUGAAUGAGAACAAAUUCAGGAGAAACUCGCCUUAGUUGAUAGAUGUUUUCAGUAUGCAAGAUUUUGACCUGUUUUAGAGUUGAUUUUUGGAGGAAGUUUUUUUUUUCUUUUACGAUGUCAGUUGUGCAUAUGUAGAUUUUUACAAACUUAGUCAAUCUCUGUGUAGAGAGUUUCAAGUAUUAUAACGAGCCAGGAUUUCAAGACAUAGUGCAAGUGUAAAUAAAUGAAGUGUUUUAAACUUUAA